GGAAAUUUCAUUGAAACAACGCGUCUUGAUGCGUGCUUCAUUAAGUAAUGAGUCCUAAGUCUACUCCUCAAGGGCUUCAAGAUGACUUGAUUUCCAUCGUCUGUGCCCGCUGUGGCGAGGAGAAACCGGCGGGUGACUUCGUCAGCAAACGGAAAUCUGCUGGGAAACCCAAAAACUGCCUCGGCUGUCGUAGUCAGUGCAAUUCUCAUGUCAGCUCUGUCUCCCCACUCCGUAAGACCAUAAGAGCAUUCAACACUAACUGAAUAAAGAAUUCCAGAUCCAGAAGCGCGAUCCAAACAUUGAGGAAGCUCGCCGUCCGUUCUUCCUCAGCUGAAAGACCUGCCCGGAAGAGAACCGACGGUGAUGCCGGCCUCUCGCCUCCGAACGAGAGAUCCGGAACCCAGCCUACUUCCCCAGAGGUUACGGCAACUUCACACGGCGAGGAGGUUAUUUGAAGAGCCGAUUAGCCAGCCGCAGGUGGUGCUGGGGACGCCAAUCCCACCAACCCAACAAAGCUUGCGCAACUUCCGGACUCUUGCUCCCUCACCGACCGUACAGCCAACGACCGAUCAAAUCGCGUUACAUUCUGAUCCAUCUACUGUCCCAAGCAGCACAACUGAUGCUGAGUACUCUUACUUAGCUUCUAGGUUCCAUAAGGGCGGGAAAGACUCACAAGAUGAUGCCUCCAAGGCUGAGGCGAAGGCAAGGCAGGUGGCUAUACAGCACGACCAUCGUUCACGGCGCCGUGCGGGGGAGACUGUCUCCCUGACUCCCUCGAUAUCUCAACUGGGCGUCUCUGGAGUUCCCGAUGAGCCUGAAGAAGCCGACGGUCAUGGCGCACAUCCAGAACGGGACGGGAUAAAUAUGGGUGACAAGGGGGAAUUCUCUGAAUCCAAUAACGCCGAGGGCUACUUCAAUUUGCUUCUCUCGCCUGCUCGGCCUCGGAGGUAUCUCGAGCAAUUAGGGGUAGAGUGCGAUUCCGAACCAGGGGACGAAGACGUGGAGUCCUGGAAGC